AUGAAUUGGCACUUCUUGCUUCAAGUUUUCGUUAAGGACCCUGACAAUCACUUGGCUAAUUGGUCAAACUCUUCUUCCAUUUGCAAUUGGGUUGGGGUUAUGUGUGAUGCUCAUCAUGAGAGAGUAAUAGCCUUGAAUCUUGGUGAGAUGGGUCUCAAGGGAACCUUGCCCUCAAAAAAUGGGAAUUUGUCUUUCCUAGUUAAACUUGACCUUCAUAGUAACAACCUUCAUGGUGAGCUGCCAAAAGAGUUGAUUCAAUUACACAAGCUGCAAAUUCUCAACUUGAACUACAAUGAAUUCAAUGGAGAAAUUCCAAUUUGGAUUGGAAGCUUACUUAUGCUUCAACACUUCCAUCUCCGUAAUAAUAGUUUUGGAGGUUUUAUUCCUCCAAAUGUUUCUAAUUUGUCAAAGUUAGAGACAUUAGAUUGGAGAUUUAAUUCUAUCGAAAGAUCCAUUCCAUUUGAGAUUGGAAAACUUCAAUGUUUGAAGAUUUUAUGGAUUGGAGGAAACAAGCUUUCAGGAAGAAUACCUCCAACUAUUUCUAACUUAUCCUCACUUGAGAUGUUGUCUUUGUCUUACAACUCCUUAACAGGAGAUAUUCCAAGAGAGAUUGGCCAUCUCCAAAAUCUAAAACUUCUAUAUUUGGGUGGAAAUAAGCUCUCUGGCCAAAUACCAUCAAAUAUCUUCAAUAUUUCGGAGUUACAAGAGAUUGAUUUAAGCUGGAAUAAUUUGUCUGAAAGCAUUCCCUCUAGUGUAUGUCAUGGACUUCCAAAAUUACAAGGGCUAUAUCUUCAACACAACGCAUUAUCUGGAGCCCUGCCAUCCAUUUGGGUACAAUGCGAAGAGCUCAAAGACAUACAAUUAGAAUACAACUCUUUUACAGGAAAUAUUCCUCAAACAAUUGGUGACCUCACAAACUUGAAAAUUAUACUUCUAGGUGCUAACAAGUUGUCUGGCCAAAUACCAAGGAAUAUUGGAAACAUGACAAAACUUCAAGGGCUAGACUUUAAUGGAAAUAAUAUUGAAGGUCAUAUACCCAAAAGUAUUGGAAAUUUGACCAUGCUUCAACAGUUAAUUGUGGGUUCCAAUAACUUGGAAGGAUCAAUUUCAAAAGUAAUUGGUGGCUUUCAGGAUCUUCAAUAUUUGAAUCUUGAAGGCAAUGAGCUGCAUGGCCUAAUCAUUGAUGAGAUAUGUGAAAUCACAAAGCUUGCCUAUUUAUCAUUAAGCAUAAACAAGUUUUCUGGAGGAAUACCACAUUGUUUAGGAAAUGUUACCUCUUUACGAGAACUUUACUUGGACUCUAAUAAGUUAAUUUUAAAAAUACCCUCCUCCUUUUGGAAUUUGAAAGACAUAUUGAAAGUAAACUUGUCUUCCAAUAUUUUAGUUGGAAAUGUAUCAAGUUUUGGAAACUUAAAUGUUCUUAUAUCAUUGGAUUUGUCAAGAAAUCAUAUUUCAGGCAAUAUUCCAACAUCUUUGGGUGGACUAAAGAACUUGCAAGAUCUCUCCUUAGCACAUAACAAUUUGCAAGGAAAUAUUCCUAAAUCAUUUGGAAAUAUGCUGAGCUUAGUAAAUUUGGUCCUUUUUGAGAAUAAUUUAGCUGGUGAGAUCCCCAAAUCCUUGGAGUCACUUAUCUUAAGUAUAUCAACCUCUCCUACAACAAACUACAAGGAGAGAUUCCAAAUGGUGGAGUUUUUGUAA